AUGGGCCGCUUGGACGACCAUGCCAAGAGAAGGAUCGUGGAGCUGCGCGGGGCUGGGCUGAGUUUCCGCAAAAUCAAGAAGGUGCUGGAGCUGGACAACAUCCGAGUGACACCGCAGGCCGUGUAUCUCUUCCUCAAGAGGAAGAGUGUGGAGCUGGGGCCAGCAGCGGGUGGCUGGGCUGAAGAGCAGCCCUGGCCCCUGCUGCAGGGGCACGAGGCUGAGCUACACCAGUCUCCAAGCCCCCAGCCCCCCACAUUGCCCAGUGUGGCUCCCGCUGGCGGCCAGGAUGGCAAGGAGGGCACCCAGAUCGUCAGCGUGGCCUCGUUCUGCCAGGGCAGCAGGCAGCCGGGGGGGGCCCUGCCUGUGGGACUGCCUCCUGGGAAGGGCAUUUUUCUUCUGUCCCUUGCAGGUGACAGCGGUUCCACGGGUGCCCUCCUGGCUCUGGGGAGCUGCCAAACACCAGGGACCCCAUCUGCCCCCACACAGCCGCUGCCUGUCCAAGGGCGGCUCGUCAUGCCCCCUGCCAAGAACCCAGCCCUGAUGGCGAAGAAGAAGAUCGCGGACAGGGCUCUUCUCCUGCAGAACAAGGUCAAAGAUGCCAGCACACAGACCACCCCACUGAACCCCACGAGCCCUGGAAAUCAACACCUUGCUUGGGGCGAAGCAGUGCUUCCUCCUGCUCCUGGUUCCCACACCACUGCCGAGAAGCUGGACGCUGUACAUGCAGAGAUCCAGAAGCUGAGCCAGGCACUGCACGCGGUGCUGGAGAGGCAGUGCCGCCUGGAGCGCCAGCAGGAGCACCAGCAGCGACUCCAGCAGGAGAUGCUGAUGAUGCUGCAGCAGCUGAGCUCCACCGUGAGCCACGGCGCUGUGCCAGCCAACCAGCCCUGCGUCCCCUUCAGCAGCGUGGCUGAGCCCUCGCCCACCGUGCCAAACUUCAGCCAGUUCAAGAUGGAGCUCAUCUGACCCCCACGUGAUGCCAAGGUGCUCUAUCAGGGCUGCCCCGUCCGCAGGGCAGGCCAGCACUGCCAGAGGAUGAGGUCCUGAAGCCUUCAGAGGCUGUGGCAGCUGCCUGAGGGCCACGUGGGGUGUCCAGUAGAGGAGGUCAUUGCUGCUUCCCUAUAGCUCUGCCUCAGCCUUGUUGAUUGAAAGGGGUUGCUGGGCACAAGAAGGAAGGGAAAGCUUGCAUCUCCCAUGCUGCCCCUCCUGGCUGGCCCUGGAGCUGACCAGUCCAUCCACGGACUGUAGCAGCUCACGUGGGCUGCAAGUAGAAGAUGCAGCUGGGAGGGACACAGCAGGGUGGUGGUCUCGAGGUGAGGCUUCCUCUCAGGAGGGUCAGUGUUGUGACAAUCGUAGGAACACUCCCCCUGCAGGGGCUUGUUCAGUAAAAGGCUAUGGUUGAGAAACAUA